AUGGCACCCCCUUCACCUGUGCGCAGCGUGCGUCCUGCCUCGCCGUCAGUCCACCAUGAAAUUCCGAGGAUGCAAUACCGAAGCCGUCCUGUAUCCGUGGCCGUCGAUCCUGUGUCACUCGUCAUAUCCGAAUGCAUAGCAAUCACGUCGGCGAUUCAAAAGCAUGCGCGCUCUCCACACUUCUCUGUAUCUGCCAUACUUGGCGGAAACCCAAACACGAUACAGUUCGGAUCCCCUAAACCACGGGAACGAGGCGUUGGAGGAGGGCCCUUCAGGGACGGGGACCGCGAUGAAGCGGCCAGCAGCCGCUGGAGCUUUCAGGGGCAGAGGGCCAAGGGCUUGCAGGAUAGCCCCAUGAUCACGGGGUUCAGCAACCUUCGCCACGAGAUCACCGGAGUUCAGAAUAUUCAUUCAUUCGAUGCCCUGACGCUGCUUGCGCCGUUCCUCUUUGUGAUCCAGGAGAAGGGGACCGCAGCACCAAUUACGAUAUUGGCUCUGGGCGCAUUAAGAAAGUUCUUGGCAUAUGGAUUUAUCUCUCCCGAAUCCCCGCGCUUUGCGUUGGCUAUGCAGUCACUCUCGGCGGCUGUUACGCAUUGUCAAUUCGAUAUAAGCGAUUCAGCGCAGGGUGAAGUUGUGCUGCUCAUGAUCCUCAACUUGAUGGAGGAUAUGAUGUCCGGACCGGGUGGCUACAUACUCAGCGACGAGAGCGUUUGCGACAUGAUGGGCCGUGGAUUGGCUAUAUGCUCUCAACCUCGAUUUUCGCCUGUCUUGAGAAGGACCGCCGAAGCCGUUCUGGUCCGGAUGUGCCAAAUCAUAUUCGAGGAUAUCAAACAUAUCGAGGUCGAGGCUGGCGACGAUUCUUCGGUCAUGGAUCAGCUGGCUGACCAGCACAUGGAAAAUGUCAAAAUGGACACGACCGCUGGUAGCGCUGUUGCAGAGCCCAUUGUGCCCGCAACUACUGGAGACAGUCCUCCUGCUAUGGGAGCUCCCGACAGCAGCGAGCCUGAGAAGGCAGAAGAAGGACGCGGUGACGGUGAGAAGGCUGACGAAGGGCCUGUCCUCGAUCCCGACAACGAAGACAAUGGAGAAAGCGACACAGAGUCCCUGGAUCUCCGGCCAUACUCGCUCCCGUCCGUCAGGGAGCUGUUCCGAGUUCUGGUCAACUUCCUGGACCCCAACGAUCGGCAUCAUACAGACACAAUGAGAGUGGUGGCCCUGAGGAUCAUACAUGUUGCAUUAGAAGUGUCCGGGUCAUUCAUCGCUCGUCACCCUGCUUUGGCUACCAUUGCCAAGGAUCAGCUGUGCUGUUAUCUCUUCCAGCUUGUACGGUCUGACAACAUGGCUAUUCUGCAGGAAUCGCUAACGGUUACCGGCACUCUGCUUGCGACCUGCAGGGGCAUCCUCAAACUCCAGCAGGAGCUUUACCUGUCCUAUCUGGUAGCGUGCCUUCACCCAAAGGUCCCCAUCCCUCGUGAAGCCGGAAUCGACCCAUCGUUGUACGCUGGCAUACCCGAGACACCGAAACUGGUCAAGCCGCCACCGUCGCAGACCAACAGCGGACGAGCGACUCCAGUUCCCGUCAAGGACCGACAAAAACUUGGCUUGGAGGGAGGAGCGCGCAAACCUGAUGCUAGGCAGGCCAUGGUGGAGGCCCUCGGCGUGCUUUCGAGGAUGCCAACAUUUGCUACUGAGUUGUUUGUCAACUACGACUGUGACGAAGACAGGUCGGACCUGUGUGAGGAUGUCAUUGGGCUACUUGCGCGUAACGCCUUGCCGGACUCUGCUACGUGGAGUACUACAAGUGUGCCGCCUCUCUGCCUGGACGCACUCCUUCGAUUCAUCCAGUUCAUGGCUGAGAGGUUAAAUGAUGAGCCCGUUUACGAAAACUGCCCAGAUCCCGAAGAGCUGAGAGAGAAAAGGCGAAAGAAAAGAAAGAUUAUCAUAGGCACGAGCAAGUUUAACGAGAAGCCGAAGUUGGGGUUGAGCUAUCUGGAAGCGAACAACAUCAUUACCAAUAUCAACGACCCCGUUUCGGUGGCCAAGUUUCUCAAAGGCACAUCCCGGAUAUCAAAGGCCGUGCUCGGAGACUUUCUGUCCAAAAAGGGAAACGAAGCUAUCUUGGCUGCCUUCAUGGACCUUUUUGAUUUUUCCGGCAAACGAAUCGACCAAGCCUUGAGGUUGCUGCUGGAGUCAUUCCGGUUGCCGGGUGAAGCGCCCCUAAUCGCGGCGGUAGUCGAGUCGUUCUCGGAGAAGUAUUGUGAUUGCAACACGCUCUCCGAGGUGGCAAACAAAGACGCUGUCUUCAUCUUGACAUAUGCCAUCAUCAUUCUGAAUACUGAUCAGCACAACCCGAAUGUGAAGAGCAUGAAGAGGAUGACGCUCAAUGAUUUCUCUAGAAAUUUGCGAGGGCAAAAUGAUGGCAAGGAUUUCUCGCCGGACUAUCUAAGAGAUAUCUACGAGACCAUCAAAUCGAACGAAAUCAUCUUGCCAGACGAGCACGACAACCAGCAUGCUUUCGAUUACGCCUGGCGAGAGCUUCUUGUGAAGUCUGAGACGGCUGGCAACCUCUUUCUCUGCGACACCAACAUCUACGACGGCGACAUGUUUGCUGCAACCUGGAAGCCGGUCGUCUCAGCCCUGUCGUACGUCUUCAUGUCUGCAACCGACGAUGCCGUUUUCGCCAGAAUUGUUACCGGUUUUGAUGAGUGCGCUCGCAUUGCAACCAAGUAUGGCAAUGUCGAAGCACUUGAUCAGAUUGUUUACUGCCUCAGUCACAUCACCACCUUGGCUACCCGCGUGCCGUUCAACACUUCUCUCAAUACCGAGGUCCAAGUUGGCGACGGCAGUGUCAUGGUCAGUGAGCUGGCUGUGAAGCUCGGCAGAGACUUCCGCGCGCAGCUCGCAGUCCUCGUAUUAUUCCGGGUCGUCACUGGCAGCGAGGCUCUCAUUCAAGACGGGUGGAAACAUAUCAUUCAGAUAUGGAUUCAUCUCUUUUUGAACUCCCUAGCACCCCCGUUGUCCUCAACUGAUCUUCCAACUCUACCAAUCCCAGCCAUUCCUCUACAGACUCCCUCGCAAGUCAUUGAUAGGGCAGCAAGAUCUAACGACGUUGGAUUCUUCUCUGCAUUCACCUCGUACAUCUCCAGCUAUGCUGCGGAUGAUCCUCCAGAGCCGUCAGACGAGGAGCUCGAAAGCACAUUAUGCACUGUUGACUGCAUCAACUCCUGUCACAUUGACAAAGUCUUGAACAACAUCUCCAAACUGCCUCCAGCACGCAUCGACAUAUUAGUCCAGGCAUUACUGGAUCAGCUGCCGGAGAGUGACCCCUCGGCCGUCAUCGGGGUGAAGCAAGAUAAUGUGGCGGUUGUACCCCCUAAUGGGCCAAACCCGGCAACAGGCCUACCGAGUUACGACCCUAGCACGCCUUUUAUCCUUGAGCUUUGUACCAUAUUGACCAUCCGAGACGGUGGAUGUGAUCCAACUACGACGAAGCAAGACCACGAUUUCGUCAACGUUCCCAUCUUCCUGCAUACCAUCUCCAGCUUACCGCAGGAUCUGCUGCUGAAGACAGCGGACAUUAUACUUUCUGGUCUGUCGAUCUGUACGCGGGACCCCGGGCCCCUAAGGAGCGAGAUGAUGACGUCUCCUGAUUUUUGGGUCAUUCUACGGGUUGUGGCUGGCGACGCCAAUGCCGCGGCUCAGAUAUUCGACAUAUUGGAGAGAAGCACUACCGGAACUCCGCCAGCGAUCAUGGCCGACAACUACGAAGCAGCGAUUUCCCUCCUGAAUCAUUUUGCAUCAGCGGCCGACCCCCUUGCUGCCCGCGAUCCCAAGUCUCCCGAAGCAACGAGGAAGAAGGUGGACCCCCAAGUAACAGCAAGAGGCUGCCAGGCAGUCAAUGCUUUGUAUGGCAUGACGGCUCGGAUCCCGCAGCUUAUGCAGCAGUCUCAUCUAGAAAGUAGCGAGGCGUGGUCGGCCUAUUGGUUGCCCAUUCUGCAAGCACUGACGACGCAGUGCACCAAUUCCUGCCGCGAUGUUCGGCAGCUGGCAUUCUCUGCCCUGCAAAGGUCACUGCUCUCGCCCGAGCUCACCUGCAGCGAUCCAAAGGAAUGGACGGCAAUUUUCAGCAAAGUCUUGUUUCCCUUGAUCUUCAGACUGCUGAAGCCGGAGGUGUACUCAUCCGACCGCGAAGGCAUGAGUGAAAUGCGCGUCCAAGUGGCAUCCCUCCUCUGCAAAGUCUUCUUGCAGUACAUGGUGCUCUUGAGCGAGUGGGAUGGCAUGCUGGACCUGUGGAUCAAGAUUAUCGAGAUCAUGGAUCGCCUCAUGAAUAGUGGUCAAGGCGACAGUUUGGCGGAAGCGGUACGGGAAAACCUGAAGAACGUUGUUCUAUUCAUGGCCACCAGUGGCUAUCUGGUGUCUCCUGCAAAAGAUCCAUCCAGAAAGAAGCUCUGGGAUGAGACGUGGGAGAGAGUGAACAGAUUCUUGCCAGACUUGCGGAACGAGAUUCUUGGUGAAGAAGUCCCCGAGCAGUCUGGUGAGGCCAAAGAGGACGAAGAGAAGCAAUAG